UUCUGGAUUCUGACAUCGUCUGCAGUGGAUCAAUCAUCAUUGGAAUCAUUACUACAACUUGGUUAAACAAGAGAGCUAUUGUAUGGUGUACGCGCGUGAUUUUUAAUGUGAUAUACCACGCAAUGGCACGCGUUUUCAUAACAUUGUCAACUCGAUUGUGUUGUGCGUUCAUCUGUGUACGACCAUGUUCUUGCUGUUUGUCCUCUGUGCGUUCAUUGCUUUGGAUAGCAAUGGACUCCAGUUAAACAAGAGAUCUUGGAAAAGAAGAUCGCUCCCUGGAAGUCAUUCUCAACUCUCAACUGCCGUCGACUUCAGUGAAGAAGAGGCUCUUUUGCGUAAAGACAUCCAUCAUGAUAGUCUUGUAAAACAUCGAGAGAAAAGAAAUUUACAAAAGACAUGUGGGGACACGCAUUGUGACGAGCAUGCUCAAUGCAAGAACACUACAAAGGAAUGUUGUGUAUGCAAAUCAGGUUACCAAGGAAAUGGCCAGGCAUGUUUAAAAGCUGGAAUAAGUGUUUUUAUGAUCGGCAACUUAACUGGAAUGAUAAAUGGAAUUUCUUUAGACGGAAUCACCAUAAACGUAUUCAGUGAUGUUGUGACUGAAACCACGUACAUUGCACUCGACCCAGUCCCACCAACCCUGAGCAAGUAUCUUCGAGUGUUCACCCCCUCCGUUUCAACAUUUCUUUUCUUGUUUGCGCAACCUUCACUCACUAGAAAACAUGCCUUCAGUUUCCUUGGAUGGAGCUACGUACGACGAUCGCAAGUUUCAUUCAGCACAGGCGAAUCUGUGAGUGUUCGUGAGACGAUGCGUGGAAAGAAUAACGAGAGUGUUUUAAUGUUUGAAGUAUAUUUGGAAGGAAAGAUGCCUGUCUUAGGUUCAGAGAAAUUUAUAAAGUUAAAAGACUAUGUUCAUACGUACAGAUAUGAUAAACUUGGUGUAAUACGUGGUUAUUAUGAUACUUCAUUUAACGUUGGUACAAAGAAAUUCAAAAUGGACGUUGGGGAAGUUUUGCAAUUCGACGAGGUACAAGGUUGCGAGAAUAUUAAAAGUUCUAAAAUGAUAGUUAGCGAUGCUAGGGUAUUCUACGAUCGUCGAAAGUUGUUGGUAAAUUUCGCCAUAAAAGCCAAGAUGGAGGAAAAUGAUACUUGUGGUGAUGAAAGGCGAAUGUGUCAUCCUGAUGCAAGAUGUAUUGUUAAAAAUGAGGUGGAAUUUUGUCAAUGUAACAUUGGUUACCUUGGUGAUGGCUACUCAUGUCGUGAUGUUGAAGAAUGUGUAUUAAACAUCACCGAAUGUCCAUCUAAUUCUAUCUGCAUAAACACUCUUGGAUCUUACAUUUGUGAAUGUAGCAAUGGCUUCACUAAACAUGGCAAUGAGUGUCUUAAAGAUCAUGAAAGAUGCGGUGAUGAAGCAAGAAAAUGUCAUUCUUUUGCUCAGUGCGUCACUAAAGAUAAUGUCGAUGUUUGCGAUUGUAAUGUUGGUUAUAUUGGCGAUGGAGAAAGUUGCGAAGAUGCAAACGAAUGUGUACUUGAUAUUGACCAGUGUUCAGUUAACGCUAACUGCGUUAACACUGUUGGCUCAUACGUUUGCAUUUGUAGUGAUGGUUAUACAGGAAAUGGUACAACGUGUAUACUAGAUUCAAUUUCUGGGUCGGGCGUUAUUUGCACUAAAGAUAGUGGACAGUGUGAUUUUACACAAGAAUGCAUUGAUGGAGUAUGUCAGUGCCGUAAUGGUUAUCGUUUCAAUGGCAAUAAUUGCACAGCCGUAGUAGCUACUACUCCGUCACCCGGCUGCUAUGGUAAUAAUUGUGACACCAACGCAUAUUGUGAUAGAAGUGGUGUAAUUCCCACAUGUCGUUGCAAAAUGGUUACGAAGGAAACGGGUUAUCUUGCCAAGACAAAGAUGAAUGUAGUGAAGGCUCAGCUAAUUGUUCUUCUUUGGCAACAUGUGAUAACACGAUUGGUUCGUUUAUAUGUACCUGCGAACAGGGUUAUUGGCAAUGGUCGUCAAUGUGAAUAUAUUGAUCCCUGUGAAGGUGUUUCAUGUAACUUAAAUUCUAAGUGUGUUGUCAUUGGCGGAUCACCAAUGUGUGAGUGUAACUCAGGUUACUAUGGUGAUGAGCAAGAGUGUCAAGACUACAACGAAUGCAAGACUGGAAGACAUAAUUGUAGCAAGAACGCAAGAUGUGUGAAUACAAAAGGAUCAUAUGUUUGUUAUUGUUUAGCUGGAUAUAUUGGCGAUGGAUUUACCUGUAGAAGCGACGGAAGUUGCGGUGGUCGAAAAUGUCAUAGGAAUGGAGUAUGUAAAGCUGAUGUGGAUGACAAUAAACAAUGUGAAUGUUUACAGGGAUUCCUUGGAAAUGGAUAUAUUUGCGUGGAUGUGAACGAAUGCGAAAACGUUUCAUUGGUUAAUUGUUCAUCCAAUCAGCGAUGUGUCAAUACACCGGGAAGUUAUCUCUGCGCAUGUGCAAGAACUUACCGAUGGAAUGGUGUCGACUGUGAGCCCGUUUGUGCUCAUUGUUUAAAUGGUGGAAAAUGUGUGGGCUCGCUAUGUUCAUGUCGCAAGGGUUAUUCAGGAGAUCGCUGUCAAUGGGUUGACAAUGAAUUCAUUGUUUUUACGCGAGGCAGUACAAUGCAACGGUUGUCUUUGCCACCAACGCAACAAAGUGUUGGUGUUUUAUUACAGACGUCACUUGGUUUACUGGUUGCCAUGGAUUUUCAUUACGUCAACAAGAUGAUUUAUUUUACUGACGUUGCACGCAAAGCCAUAUGGCGCGUCUUUUUUAAUGGUACUGGUACCGAGAAGAUAAUCUCUGAAGGUCUUUCUAGUCCUGAAGGUAUUGCUGUCGAUUAUAUUGGUGGAAAUCUCUACUGGACCGACUCCGCCUUUGAUUUAAUCGCAGUAUCAAAACUUGACGGUAAUGACAAAAAAAUUCUUUUUUCCUCGCGUCUUAUCAAUCCAAGAUCCAUAGUGGUACAUCCAGAGAAAGGAACGAUGUAUUGGGCAGAUUGGAAUCGAGCGGCUCCAAAGAUCGAGAUUGCCAAUAUGGACGGGGGGAGUCGACGUAUAUUUAUUCAGCAAGAAAUUGGUCUGCCAAAUGGUCUUACACUAGAUAAAAAACAGAAGAUGCUUUGUUGGACCAAUGCUUUAUUUGGUUCAAUUUCUUGUGCAAAUCUUGACGAUGGAAAAUCUAAGGUUGUGUUCCCCGCUGCUAGCUAUCCAUUUGGUAUUUCAUCAUUUGGUCAAUAUUUAAUAUGGACGGAUUGGACUACACGAACAAUACAAUACUACGAUACAGGGAAUUUUAGAUUGGAGCCAGCGAUCAAGAGUUUUCCUGGUACAACUGGUUCCCUCUAUGGUAUUAAAGUUGUCAAAGAACCAGACAUUGUUUCCCACAAAUGUAAAGAAGAUAACGGAGGCUGUUCCAACUUGUGUUUGCCAAAUCCAGGUGGGCGUAGUUGCGCAUGUGCAGAUGGCUAUUUUCUUGUUCAUAAAGAGGCAGCAAAGAGUUUGAAAAGCCAGGGAUCAGGCUUAUCUGGAAGUGGAUCAGGAGUGGAUUCACAAAAUGCCACUGUGUCAGAGUCGGGCUCUGGUUCUGGUCUUGGAUUCAGAUCAGUGGUAGCACCGUCAACGAGUACUGUUGCUAUGGUGAGCACGACGUCAUAUCCAAUAAUAUCAUCAAAUUCAGGCAAAACAAUUUGCGUUAAUGAAGAUGAAUUUAGGUUGUUAGGGAAUAUUUAAUGUCAUCUUAAAGUGUUAUGGCAGAAUUCGUUCGAAAACUUUUUACAAUUUCAUUUUCACUGGUUAGUGUUGAAAAACAAUCAAUUGCGAACUAUACUUGAUAACUGACGACAUUACUCAAUUGCUGGAGACAAUUUCUGUACGUGCGUCAAAACGCAAUAAACGAGUAAGAAUUCAAACAAUAUGCUACAUGAAGUAAAGGCAUUCUAUAGUUGUUGAGCACAUAAUAUGUGUGUUUCAAGAGCCCAUACAUAUACCGUAUACUUCAUAUUAUAUAUAUAUAUAUAUAUAUAUUUCUUUGGGUUGUUACUAUGGUGAUUGUUUAAGAAUCCUGUUUCUGAUACAUUUCUGUGUACAGGCCAGUAUUUUUCCAACAGUUUUGAUAAAACAAUAGCAUGUGCGAAAAACACGUUAGUUGUAUUUUAGACAUAAUCUCUUGAAGACUGUCACGUUAGACACACCCAAUAAGUUAUUCUUGAUUUUGAUGCUUUUCUGACUGAAAAAUACGCUUCAGAGGUCUUAAAAGAAUCUCUAUAGGUACUGGAGAGCUUGACAACAUUGCGACAAUACACACAUAUAAAUGAAAAAGAGAAUACUAUUUUGCUUUACUUUUAAAUUUACAUUCCUUAAAUCCUUUUAUUAACUCUUUAACGACGUAUUAUUUUAUUCAAAUCAAUAAAAUCAACAACGAUA